AAUAAUAAUAAUAAUAAUAAUAAUCAAUUUUUUCAUAUAGGAGGAAAUAAUAAUAUGGAUUAUUUAGAAUUACCUCUGGAAGCCGGUAGUAGACGAUUUCUUAUUUCUCCUCCAAUCUCUCCUCAUGCAGAAUGGAAUGAUUUCGAAAGAGAGGAAGAUGCUCCUAAUAAAAAGGCUAUACAUUCUCCUAGUGAAUUAUCUCAUUUAUUAUGGGAAAGAUUAGGUGGAUUUGAUAGUUCGGUGGUGCGGAAGUAUCAAGGAGAUGAUGAAGAUAAUGAACAAGAAUUAUAUCAAGAACAAGAAAAUCAGCCACCACUCAAUGAAGUUAUUGAUUCACCUACUCAAUAUGAUUUGAAUCAAAAUCCAGAAGUUUUAUUUGAAGAUAGAGAUAGAGACGUUCCAGCAAUUAUUCUCGAUAGUGUAAGAAAUGCUGCUAGUACAGAUACAACUACAGAUACAAGUCAAAAUCGUAAUUUUAAAUUACCUAAAACCACCAUGCCCCCACUUUUCUAAACUCCUUAAAGUAGUUUAGUUUAAAUAAAGAUAAUUAAUUCUUGGAUAAUAAUAGAUAGUUAAUGAACAUUUAAGCAUAUAUAUAUAUAUAUAUUUGCAGUUAAACGGCAUCUGCGGCUGUGUGCAGGAUUCUGAAAUUUUUUUAGCAGAGAGAUGAGACCUCAUUUUUUAAAUCGCUAAUAAAUAUUUCACUAUGUGAAAAUUAACUAAUAAUACU